AUGUCGGCAGCGACGCCGAGGCUGAGGCAGUCCGUGGGAAGGUGGGCGGCGGGGAUCGGUCGGAGGCCAGGGCCGACCGUGGUAGGCAGGGAGAUGGAGGUGGGAGAUGGGGACGAGAUGGGUGUGGAGGCCAGGGCCGGCCGUGGCAGGCAGGUAGAUGGAUGUGGGAGAUGGAGACCAGAUGGGUGCGGCGGCCGCCAGUCAAACCAGAUAAUGGAUGCUAGCAAAAACAGCGACCAUACUAUGACGUUGUUAGCAUCUGCGUCCAGGCAAUUUGUGAUUCACCAUUGCCCUAGGGACUCGACAUCCCAGCUAUCUUGCUCUGGCAGCUUACUGGUAGCAGACGAAAAUACUUGGAUGCCUGAUCUGGAAGUUGUUCCAAAUUUGUACAGCUCCCUAGGUGGACUCAUAGAAGAAAACACGGUUCAAGAAACAGUAUGGGUUGCUAACAGGGAUCAGCCCAUCACCAACCCCAGCAUCAACCAAACACGGUUCAAGAUAUCAAGUGAUGGCAAUCUUGUCAUCGUAAACCAUGCCGCCAACAAUGAAUCCAUUGUUUGGUCCUCUCACAUUGUAAAUAAUAGGACACACAUCAACACAAACAACACUAGUGUCGCUGUUCUCUUGAACAGUGGAAACCUUGCCUUCAAAGAGAGCGCGUCAUCUGACCUACCGGUCUGGCAGAGCUUCAACUACCCAACAGAUGUUAUACUUCCUGGUGCAAAGUUUGGUCGGGACAAGGUCACUGGUUUCAGUCACCAGGCCAUCUCAAAGAAGAGCCUGAUUGACCCGGGUCUUGGCUCAUACUAUUAUGAACUAGAACAAACCAAGGGGCUCGUCCUCAAGCGCCACAACCCCUCGGUAGAAUAUUGGCUUUAUGCAUCCUCCACAAAAUCAUCGUUGAAUCUUGUACCAAUGCUCAAGGCAGUGCUAGAUAUGGAUCCUCGCACCAAAGGUUUGAUAAAUGCAACAUAUGUUGAUAACAACAAAGAGGAGUACUACAUGUACAUAUCGCUUGAUGAGUCGUCUUCCUUUUUUAUCUUACUGGAUAUCUCUAGUCAGAUAAAGCUUAAUCUUUGGUCACAAGCUAAACAAUCUUGGCAAACCAUAUAUGCCAUACCCGAUGAUCCCUGCAUUCCUCCUGCUACUUGUGGACCUUACACGGUCUGCAAUGGCAAUGCACAUCCAUCAUGUGACUGUAUGAAGAGCUUCUCUCAGAAGUCACUGCAGGAUUGGGAAUUUGAGGACAGAACAGAAGGAUGCAUCAGAAAUAGACCAUUGCAUUGCACUAGUGACAGAAACAUCACAAGUUCAACGGACAUGUUCCAUCCCAUUUCUCAAGUUACAUUGCCCUACAACCCGCAGAGCAUAGUCGUUGCUUCUACUCAGAGCAAAUGUGAAGAAGCUUGUCUCAGUUCCUGCUCCUGCACUGCUUAUUCAUAUAACAAUAGCAGAUGCUAUGUCUGGAAUGGGGAAUUGCUUAGUGUAAAUCUUAACAACGGCAUUACUAUCACUUCUGAAGAUGUUCUUUAUCUCCGUCUUUCUGCCAAAGAUUUCUUGCCAAGUUUGAGAAAAAACAAAAGAAAACCAAACGUUGGAGUUGUUAUUGCCACAAGCAUUACUGGGUUUGGGUUACUCAUUCUCCUGUUCUUGUUACUGAAUUGGAGGAACAAAUUCAUGUGGUGUGGUUUGCUGCCAUUAUACUAUGACAAUCAAGGUAGUGUUGGCGGGAUUAUAGCCUUCAAAUAUACUGAUUUAGUUCGUGCUACUAAAAACUUCUAUGAAAAGUUAGGUGUUGGAAGUUUUGGUUCUGUAUACAAGGGAGUGUUAAGUGACUCGAAGACUAUUGUAGCAGUGAAAAGGCUAGAUGGUGCCCGUCAAGGAGAGAAGCAAUUCAGGGCUGAGGUGAGCUCAGUUGGACUUAUCAAACACAUAAACCUAGUCAAAUUGAUAGGUUUUUGCUGCGAAGGUGAUCACAGAUUACUUGUUUCAACGGACAAAUCUUUUUUAUGCAAGAAACUGAUGUCUGAUGAUAUUGUCCCCAAGUGGUCUAGGAUAACUUGA